GUUCAUUCCAUCAUCUCCAGAUCCCAUAAUUCUUAUUUAUGGACUUUCUCCACAUCCCAUUGCAAUGUCUCCUCCCCAAGAUUUCCCCACUUCUUCCAGAAAAAAUCCAUCUGCCAUUUCUCACAAAUAAUCUAAAAAACUGACCAAAACUUGAAAUUAUUGAGGCGAGUGACGAAAAGAACGAUCGAGAAGAUGAAGAAUAGCAGCACAAUUAGCUGCAGUGUGAUGACAGCAGAGAAACACGAAGCAAAUCAUGUAAUCCAUAAACUCCCAUCCGGGGAUAGUCCUUAUGUCAGAGCCAAGUAUUCUCAAUUGGUUGAGAAGGACCUAGAUGGUGCUGUGGUCUUAUUCUGGGAGGCGAUAAAUGCUGGAGACAGAGUAGAUAGCGCACUGAAAGACAUGGCAGUGGUUAUGAAACAACUAGAUAGAGCUGAAGAAGCUAUUGAAGUUAUUAAGUCGUUUAGAGAUCGAUGCUCCAAACAAGCCCAAGAAUCACUGGAUAAUGUCCUUAUUGAUCUGUACAAGAAAUGUGGUAAACUAGAUGAGCAAAUUGAGCUGCUGAAGCAGAAGUUACGAAUUAUUGGUCAAGGAGAAGUCUUCAAUGGAAAACCAACCAAAACAGCUCGUUCGCAUGGAAAGAAGUUUCAGGUUACCGUUAAGCAGGAGACGUCUAGAAUACUGGGAAACUUAGGUUGGGCAUACAUGCAGCUUACGAACUAUACUGCUGCUGAGGUUGUAUAUCGAAAAGCCCAAGAAAUAGACCCUGAUGCAAACAAAGCCUGCAAUUUGUGCCUCUGCCUUAUAAAGCAAGAAAGAUAUGACGAAGCAAGCUCAGUUCUUGAAGAGGUAAUGCUGGGCAUACUUCCGGGUUCUGAUGAUUCUAAAUCGAGGCAUAGAUCAGAAGAGCUCCUAAAUCAGAUAGAAGCAUACAAAUCCACGACAUUUGCUUUGCCUUCUAAAGGUCUAAGUUUUGAAGACACCUUUGUCGGUGGUCUUGAUCAGUUGAUGAACAACUGGAACCCCGUUAGAUCAAGAAGACUUCCCAUUUUUGAAGAAAUAAUUUCACACAGAGAUCAAUUAGCCUGUUGAUCAUCCCUCCUCUCUGUUCGGUGUGGUGAUUGUAUAUUUGUAUACAUAAAAGCAUGAAAUACACAGUAGAGAACAGUUAUAACGAGCAAGAUCGAUCUAGUUGUAUUCGAGUGUUGUUGGAAUUGGAGGGUUUUUUUAUACAAAAGUUAUAUAGAUGCAUCCAAUCUAAAAGUUAGAUGCUUUUGAGCCA